AUGGCUGCAAUAAGGAGUUCCCAGGCACACCCAUCCCCAAGCAAGGAUUCCACACAGGGACGGAAAUCAGCCCUGCACAACAACGGCCCUGACUCUGAAGCUUCCCGCCAGCGCUUCCGGCAGUUCUGCUACCAGGAGGUAGCUGGUCCACAUGAAGCUUUUAGCAAACUCUGGGAACUCUGUUGUCAGUGGCUGAGGCCUAAGACACACUCAAAAGAGCAAAUCCUGGAGCUGCUGGUUUUGGAGCAGUUUCUGACCAUCUUGCCAGAAAAGAUCCAGAGCUGGGUGAGGGAGCAGUGUCCAGAAAAUGGUGACGAAGCUGUGGCUCUGGUUGAGGAUGUACAGAGAGCACCUGGGCAGCAGGUCCCGGAAUCUGGGAAGGACUUGAAAAUGCCCAUCGAGGAGACGGCCUCCUUGGGAGCAGCCAGAGAAUCACUGAGAUCCCACCUGAAACAGGGGGUUCAUCCAGAAGAAUGGACUGUGAAGGGGUCACGGAGCUCACCCCGGAGACCGUGGGGACAGUCAGAAGCCUGGCUUACUCUGCAGGCUCCCAGGAACCUUCCUCAGAGGAGGGGUCUUGGAGACCAGGAGACAGGUGCUGUGCUCCACAUAGCUGGGGCCCAGGGACGAGCCACGUGUGAGGACAGAGCCAUAUCCCUCUGUCAGGAAGGGCAGAUACACCUGGGCCCCGAACAGAGGGCCCUCUACAGGGAUGUUACACAGAAGAGGGAUCACCAUUGUCUCCUGGCAGCAAGUGUGCACUGGGGCUAUGAAGAGACCAAGACACUCCUGGCCAUUCUCAGUAAUUCUCAGUUUUAUGAAAAACUCCAGACCCAUCAGCAGAACAGCCAGGUCUCCAGGGCCUUGGUGGAACAACUCCAGGAGCAAAGCUUUCUGCAGACCCCAGAGCAGCAUCGCGCCAAGUUCAAAAGCCUGCAGUCGAGUUCCCGCAACAUGAGGAGAGGCUGUGUGCCUGAGCCUUGUAUCUUUUACGAGGAAACUGAUGCCCUUUCCAGCCCCUGGGCCUCUGCACCUACUAUGGCAAGCAGUGCUGUUCCUGGCCAAGAGGGAAGUGAGGCUAGAGAGCUGAGUCAGCAGAAUGGGGGGCCCACAGAGGCUGGAGAAUGUACCACCGUGGAUGGUGAGGACUGGGAGGAAGAGGAUUUCAGGGAUCCUGGCCAGGCGGUUAGGAGGGUUGGCCUGCCAGACCUGUUCCCAAACAGACGUGGUAUUGAGAUCAAAAGCGGGAUUACAAAAGAGAAUCGGAAAUGGGAUGAUACAGAGGAAGCAGAAAUGAACAAGCCUUUUCAGAGAAAGUCCAGUGAAGUCUUUUGGCACUCUGAGCUAAAAAGAGGCUGGGCAGGUGCUCCAGUGUCAAAAAGGCAACGAAGAUGUUCUCCAGGGGAGAGUGAGGAGAAACCCCCAUCCCAGAAGAGGAUGAGUCACCAGAGACUUCGUACUGGGGAAAAGGCCUGUACACAUUUCCUGUGUGGGAGAAACUGCUCUCAGAGUUUUCCCUCUCACCACCAGCCAGUCCCCAAAGUGGAAAAAGCUUCUAAAUGUCACGAAUGUGGGAAAAGCUUUAGCCGAAGUUCUUAUCUUGUUCGACACCAGAGAAUCCACACGGGAGAGAAGCCUCACAAGUGCAGUGAGUGUGGGAAAGGCUUCAGUGAGCGCUCCAACCUCACUGCCCACCUAAGAACUCACACAGGGGAGAGACCCUACCAGUGUGGGGAAUGUGGGAAAAGCUUCAACCAGAGCUCCAGCCUCAUUGUCCACCAGAGGACCCACACGGGGGAGAAGCCUUAUCAGUGCACUGUCUGUGCAAAGAGAUUCAACAACAGCUCCCAGUUCAGCGCUCACCGGCGAGUCCACACUGGGGAGAGCCCAUACAAGUGCGGGCAGUGUGGGAAAAGCUUCAACAACGGCUCCCACUUGAGUGCCCACCAGAAAACCCACACGGGAAAGCCUUACCAGUGCUCUCGGUGUGAGAAAAUCUUCACUAAGAACCCUGCCCUCAUCCACCAUCAGGGGGUGCACACAGAAGAGGUUCCCAUAUCACAGGAAGGAAGGCAUGUGCUAUAAGUGUGGAAGAAACCCGACGGAUUAAUUCCUUACGUCAACAUGUGUUUCUCGGCGCUUCCUUCUGCUUGUGGAGAGUUCUACUGGGCAAUCCCCAGCUUAGCUAUAGGUUUAUUCUUAAGAACCACGUCCAGGAAUAGGAAUCAGGGUAAGAAUGCUGAACUCUUUCUGGCUCUGCAUGGGACUCCUGGGUCCUGUCUCAUUGUUGAUUUCAAUUCUGUUUGAAAGGAACAAGGCUACAGGAUCCAUAAUUCCUGCCAGGAAACCUGGGUAUGACUGUUCCCAACAAAGAAUGGGGGGGCUAGUGGCCUGAGCACUGUUUCUGGGCCAUGUCAGAGAAGAAAUUCUCCACCCUCAUGGGAAGCAUAUCUAGAAGUUAACAGCCUGGAUGUAUUCUAAACCAACAACUGACCUCUGGCACCUAGUGUUAGGUACUACUGCUAACUUCAGAGCAGAUCACUACUCUGUAAUCCAGCCACCACCAAAGAAAGAAAAAAGGAAAGGAAGGAGAGGUUAAGCCACUGGGCAAUAUUAAAUCUGUUUCCCUUGGUGACGUAAUCUCAGAGCAAGGGUAACAUCUAGGUUAAUCUUUGUAAGAUUCCUCAUUUUACCAUCACCUCCACCCCAGUUCCUGGUUUAUUGUCUCUUAUAGUUAACACUUUCUACAAGCUUAUAACCAUUACUGCUUCUGUUGACAAUAAAGGUGUUUCUCCCUCUA